AAACUGUCAGAAUUACCAAAUCUAUAUGUAGAAACAAGCAGUGUAGAUUAAAUGCUGGUGCUCGUGCUUGUACUAGUGGCACUGUUAUGUGCUACUGGUGUGUGUGGGCCAGUUCACUUGUACCAUGUCACUGGAGGCUGAGAGUGGAAGAGGUGGUACUGAGAUGCAUCGAAGUUUUGCUUCUGGAAAGCGAACAGCAUUGUUAAGAGAAGGCGAAGAAAUAAUUUUUGAGUUGCAACUUCAUAUCAGUGACGUAGAGUGUAGUAUGGAGCUUGUAAGUCUCACGUACUCCAAUGAUGGCGAUGGUGAUAUUGUGGAGGUAUUCAUUAACAAACACUUGAUCGGAUCUUUUGAAAGCUAUGCUGAGUCAAAUAAUGGAUAUAAUUGGAACAAAUUUCGGACAAAAACAGUCUUUUCAUCGAAAUCAACAGUGAGCAUAAGCAAUGGCCUUUCAACACUUAGAGUCUUGGCUGCAAAUGCAGACUCAUAUGGUGUGGAGAUUGAUAAACUGUCACUAGAGCUUGACUGUCCACUUGAGCAAGUCUCUGUAGUGGCUGACUGCUCACAAGACGUUGUGUCAGUAGAAGAGGAAGACACUAACGAAGAGAGUAGUACUCUGUCUAAUGGAGAAAUCAUUGCUAUAGUUUUUGGGAUUACAUCAUUUGUUACACUGGGAAUCCCUACCUUUUGUGCUGGAUUUGUCAAGUUCUUUAGGUGGCUAAUGACAUAGCAAGAUGUUUUGUGUAUUCCACCCAUGUUCAUGUGCCACUUUAGACUUUCCUUCGCUAUAUUAAGGUCUAUCAAGACCUGCAAAUUAUGCGUAUGUGCCCUUCAUGCGCGCUACUGACUGGCAACUGACCGGGGUAGUAUGGAGCAGUAGCAGCAAGAGGUCUCUUGAGGUGCUGUGGACAUGCAGAACCUCCUACAAAUAAACCACGUUCGAGACCAGUUUGGAGCGAGAGUCAUCUUCCCCCAGAGGAACAGUGACGAUGAUGCGGAGACAAUCACCAUCAUGGGCAAGAAGGAGAAGGCGGAGGCAGUCAAAGAUCACCUUCAGAAACUCAUCAAGGAACUGGACAACAUUGUAGAAGUGGAGAUGCAAGUGGCCCAGAAGUAUCACAAGCACUUUGUGCAGCGUCGAGGACAGUUGGUGCAGGAUAUAUCGGCAGAGAACGGCGGGGUCAUAAUCAGCUUCCCGCGUUCCGGAACCAACUCGGACAAGGUCAUGCUGAAGGGGGCCAAGCAGUGCAUCGAUGGAGCCCGCACUCGGAUCCUUGAAGUCGUGGAAGACUUGGAGGCACAGGUGGCCGUCAAGUGUGAGAUUGACUCGAAGCUCCAUCGCUCCAUCUUGGGCCAGAGGGGAGCACACGUACAGGCUAUAACGUCAGAGCACAAUGUGUCCAUCAAAUUCCCCGACCGAGAACCGCAGCAGCUGAGGAGCCAGCCGAGCGAGGAGGGGGAGGAGUCAGCCCCGCCCCCUGCAGACGACCCGGCCCGUAACCUCAUCCUCAUCACAGGGAGGAAAGAGAACUGCGAGGCUGCUAAACUGGCACUGAUGGUGAGACUAACGUGUUUUCUAUAG